AUGUCCUCAGCCAUGUCCAAUCUGUUAUCGGCCUGCGCCUCAUUGGCUGGUUCUCUGGUGCUGAUUCGUACCUUGGCCAAAGAAAUCCCGGACCCUGUUUGGUCUUACCUCGAUUCAGGCAUUCGCUACCUCUUCACACCAAACUCAAAUCAACAAACCAUCGUCAUCGACCAGCAUUGCUGCGGAUUCUCCUUCUCCCCCAACCAAAUCUAUGAUGCCGCCGAGAUAUACCUCCGCGACAAGAUCAGCCCCUCCACCAAACGAUUCAAAGUCACCCAGCCACCCAAACAGAAGAAUCUCAACGUCGCUAUCGAAAAGUCACAAGAAUUGUUCGACAAGUACGAAAACAUCAAUCUCAAAUGGAGAUUGGUCACGGUCGACUCCCAAUCCCAAUUACUCGUUGGUCAACCCGCUGUUGAAAAGCGAUCCUUGGAGCUCCGUUUCCACAAGAAGUUCAAAGAUAGAGUACUCGACGACUACUUGCCUUCCGUUUUGAAAAAAAGCGAGGAAAUCAAGGACGGGAAUAAGGUAGUGAAACUUUAUACCCCGAGUGGCGGUCAAGUUCCUGGUCUCGGAGGAGGAGCUUGGGGAUCGAUCAUUCUGGACCAUCCGGCGACGUUCGAUACGUUGGCAAUGGAACAGGAGAUGAAGAAAAUGAUAGUAGAUGAUUUGGACAGGUUCGUGAAGAGGCUUGGCUUGACUCGUUAA